AUGGAUCCAACCUUGGAUGAAGAAAAUGAGUACCAAGUCACUCCAACGGGCAACACAAUCUUACACGUGGCGGCCCAUCUUGGUCACUCCCAUUUCCCGGCAGAAGUCCUUAAGAUUACUCCGACAUUGUUAUGCCAUCAGAAUAAGAAGAACGAGACUGCGCUACACAUAGCAGCUAAUGAAGUUCACAUCAAAGUAGUCCAUUUGCUACUUAGUAUAGAGGAGCAUUAUAAGGAGAAACUCAUGAGGAUGACAGAUGAGAAUGGAGCUCCAGCCCUGCACAAGGCCGUGAGUAGCCGACAUAAAGAUGUAGCCAGUUUCUUGGUGAAAGAAGAUCCUGAAUUUGAAUUUCCAUCCAACAAGGCGUGGCAGACACCAAUGUAUCUGGCAGCUGAGUCUGUUCUUCGUGAAGCUUUGGUUGAAAUCUUGAACUCCUGCAAGCGACCAACUUCUUCUGCAGGUCCAUUAAAUCAAACACCUCUGCAUGCAGCAGAACCUGAUGUGAGGGGUUUGAAUUCGCUGCAUUUUGCUGCUCAUUUAGGAUUGAAAGAAGUAGUUUCUGAUAUGCUGGGGUGGAAAAAAUUCUUAGCCUACCUUUCAGCAGGCAGUGAAAAUGACCGGACAACAGCAAUUCACAUUGCAGUCGGUGCAGGUAAGGUAGAUGUUUUACAUGAGCUAUUAAAUCACUGCCCUGAUUGCUGGGAAUUGCUGGACAACAAUGGACGAAAUGCUCUUCAUGAAGCCAUAUUAUACAGUCAAGCAAAUGUGGGCUAUGUGCCUUUGGAAUUAAAAGAUCAUCCCCGAACAAAGAAUAUGUCGCAUAACAAGGAAAACAAGACUCCAUUUGAAGUAGCAAUGUCUUGCACAGAGUGGACGAUAGACAAGGAUUGA